GAGUGCAGAACUUCGCUCUGGCCUGGCUGAAUGUUAGAAGGGCUGGCGAACUACAAUGGCAUUUUUACAACGAUUCCGUUCAAUUCUUCCUGUUUCAGUCAGAACAGUCGGGAUCAGAUAUUGUUCGUCAGGUUCUCCAAGUACUGUAGAUGUAGAGAGAGAAGAUAAGAUAUGCCUCAUAGGGAUCAAUCGACCUGAGGUCAGGAAUUCUGUUAACCCUGAGACGGCCAAACAGCUUCAGGUUGCAUUCUGUCGAUUUGAGGAGGAUCCAGACCUUAGUGUGGGAAUCGUGUAUGGGAAAGGUGGAAACUUCUGUGCAGGAUGGGAUUUGAAAAAUCUAGCAAAACAAGACCCAGCGACAAUUGUUGAUCAAAUACAGCUAGGUCCUAUGGGUCCUACUGCAAUGCAGUUCAGUAAGCCAGUGAUCGGAGCAAUGAGCGGCUACGCCGUGGCAGGGGGAUUGGAACUAGCUUUAAUUUGUGACCUGAGAGUCGCAGAGAAAAGUUCUAUCAUGGGGGUCUUCAAUAGGAGAUUUGGUGUUCCCCUGAUUGAUGGUUGCACUGUAAGACUACCUAAGAUAAUUGGUCUAUCCCGAGCCCUGGACCUAAUCCUGACUGGUAGACCAGUGGAUGCCGACGAGGCUCUCAGUAUGGGGCUUGUGAACAGGGUCGUACCAGAUGGACAAGCCCUAAAUGAAGCCAAGAAGCUUGCCAAGCUAUUGACUACGUUCCCAGAUCAGACAGCCAUGCUAGGAGACAGACACUCCACACUACGCAAUACAUACGAGAGUCAGGGUUUCAAAGAGGCCAUGAAGUAUGAGUUUGAAAGAGGUGUUGGUGUUCUUGCCAAGGAGUCUGUGAGAGGAGCCGGACGAUUCGCUGAUGGCCAGGGAAGGAAAGGUUCCUAUGAUGACUUCAAGAGCAAAUUAUGAAUUAACAAGUCACACUCUUGAAUCAAUCUUGUUCAUUUGCACCAUAGCAGCUCCCAAUCUGGACAAAUUUAACUUUAACGUGACCCCAAUGUAAUAUGACCCAACCUCACAAUAAAAGGUGACCUUUUGAUGAACAGGUCAGUGACCUUUGAAAGGUAAGGUCAAUGACAAUAAUGUGGAAGCACUCCACCACAUAUUCUGGACAAGACAGAUAAUCACAGAUGCAAGGCUGGACAUGUUGAAGAUUGAUCAUUAGUUCAUUAUAUUCUUGGAAGAUUUGCAAGACCUCGCUUGGGAUGUCAUGGGUGAUCAUUUCCAGAUCUUUGAAACUAAAUCAUGUACAGGGUGACAGCUAAUGUUCUUGUAGAGUUCUUAUCAUUGAACAUGGUGGCGGAGUAGUUUAUACUUCUUGAUGCUCCUCAUUCUUAAAAGUUUGCAACAAACUUACACACGUUUUCAGCGGAAUAUUACACAUAUUUAUAAAUACAAAACAUUACAGUGUCAGUAAUAACUUGCAUCAUUUCUUUAUAAGCUAUACAAGCGAUUUUUAAAAAAGUUAGAAGUAUAGGUAUUUUGAUUAUUAUCAUUGUCCAAUGAAAGAACAACAAUUCAAAGUUAAAAAUAAACUGAGUUUAAUCAAAAUAUUUGCUUGGUUUAACUUUAUGAAGAUGGUUCCUUCUAAUUAAAUCAACUUCUGUUUCAGUUUGCACUUGAGAACCUUAGAGUUCAGUCUACAAAAGAAAGUGUGUAGACAUUUUACAAACUGACCUCUGUAGAAUUAUUUAGCGAGUGCUAAUGCAGAGACAGUUUCUGGGUACUUCAGUCCCACCCUAUUUCCUCCCGUGUCACCGAGGUGUCCAGUAAUUACAGUUUGUAAUAAUGUGAGCAAGUAUUAAGGGAGAUUUACUUCCUCAGUCAAGUGUAGAUCAUUAUAUGUGUUUAGCUUUCUGGUCUACUGAAUGUAUCGACUCAAUGCCUUCUUCAUUUUGUCUGUCUAGAACAAAAAAAGAAAUUUUGUGUUAAUGAUCAUGAUUGACACUGAUCAUAUGGAAUCAUAUUUCUUUUCAAAGUGCAAUUAAAGGUUUAUUGGCUCCUUUAUGAAAUUUUGCUGGUAGCAACACAUGUUUUAUAAAAGGGGGAUUUCGGCAUGACUUGAUGAUUCCUUCAGUUACUGGUUCAAAAUGGCGUACCAGAAAAGUGCAAACCCCGUUUUUGUUAAACAUAUAUAUGUUUAUGUUUAAAAUGAUUUAAGAAAUAUGAUCUGUUAGGAGCAGAAAGGAUAUUAAUUCCAUAACACAGAGUCAGGUCAUGCAUAUUGGCUCCAAACAGACGAUAGGUAUCAUCACAAUUGGAAAGAGUAGAGCAAAAUUGAUGAUGUGGUAUCAUAUCAAUAUGUCUAGAUAUAAGAAAAGUUGGACAUAGACCCUUCUAGUUUUCAGCAGAUGAUUUGAUGUGGAGGUUAGUUAGACACAGGAAAGUUCUGAGUCUGUCUGAAAGUAACUGACUGGAAAGGCUCUAUGGCAACAUGGUUAUAAUUGGGAUUUGUAAGAGAUCGUAUUGGUAAUUACAGGUUUAAGUAUAUUGAAAAGAUGCUAAAAUGCGAGUAUAUUUGCAAGAAUUUUACUGAAAACAGAAUGAGGUGAAGUAAAUUAUUUUUCUUGAUCCAGCUUGUAAUUACAAAUUUUCAUGAUUAUAAAUCUAUAUACUUGUAGUGACAAGAGUACAAUUAUUAUGGACAUGUGUAAGUACUGUACUAGUUUAAGAAUGUUGAAAGUUGAAAACAUAUAUAGGAAUUCAGUGAAAUCAGGGAGGCUGAUUUCAUAAAGUCUAUGCCUGAACCUUGUAAAUGCAGCUCAUAAUUUCACCAUGAAUUUAUUGAUAUCUAUUUUUUAAUGAGUUCUUACUGGUAGUUUUAAUUGGAAAACGCAACUACUACUACAACAACUUCAUAAGUUUCUCUAUAUUUUGUAUAUUAUCUUUAUACUGUUUAAGAUAUUAUAUUUAUUUAUCUGUAUUCAUCUUUAUAUUAUCUACCUCCCUCCUUUUCUUCUAAAUCUAAAGAUAAAUAUUUCAUCCCCUUGAAUAUUUUAGUGGAAGAGAGCACAGAUGAAAGUAAAAAUGGUAUUGAAAAACAUAUAGUUAUGAAUGCAUGUAAUAGGAGCAGCAUUUUUCAAUAAAUAUUGGAAAUUUCAUGCACUCAAACAUGCCAAAUGUUUCCACUGAAAUAAUAAUAGUAAUUAAUUCUUUAUGAAAAGA